UCAUAAUCUCUACUGUGUAAAAUCAGGUGAAGUGUCAUCCACUCCACACUGCAUGACAUUUGUGCAGCGGUCCAUUUUAAUGCUCCUUUAACAUAACGUUAAUUAAUAAUGCGGUCCAUUUUGAUAGGGACGAUUGUCCUGUCAGUAGCAGCUGCUUAUUAUAUUUAUCUGCCUCUGCCCAGCACUAUAUCAGAGCCAUGGAAACUCAUGUUUAUGGAUGCUAUGAUACGUGGCUCGAUGCAUUUGAGUUUUGUCGCUCACGACCUUGGACUGUGUUCCCCGUUCGGUGUUGUAAAAUACUUUUCGUCUUGGGUGGAGGUGAAUAGUCACCAGUCCAGCCCAACCAUCCGGAUCACAGAGGCUUCCUUUGGUGGAGUGGAAGCACAAGUGUUCGAGUCCACUGCUGAAGGGCAGGAGCAGCGUUUGAAAAGAGGGGUGGUCUAUUUCCAUGGAGGUGGAUGGACAGUCGGCAGUACAAAGAUGGAAUCAUAUUACCUUCAGUGCAUGAUGAUGGCUGAAGAGCUGGAUGCAGUUGUGAUAUCUGUCGAGUACAGGCUGGCUCCAGAUGGACGUUUCCCAGAUCAGUAUAAUGAUGUUUUUCAGGCCUCAAAACACAUCCUGACAGCCGAGGUGUUGGGUCAGUACAACAUAGACCCGAAAAGAGUGGCUGUGUCAGGUGACAGCGCUGGAGGGAAUCUUGCCGCUGCUGUGGCGCAACAAAUGGCUUUGGACAGUAGCAUUCCUAUUAAGUUCAAAGUUCAGGCUCUGGUCUACCCUGCACUUCAGGCCCUAGACUUCAACACACCCUCGUACCAGCAGAACGCCCACAUUCCCAUCCUAUACAGACCAGUUGUGGCCCGCUUUUGGCUGGAGUACCUCAACGGCAAUCAGAACCUUGUUCCGGCUUUGCUGGCAAACAACCACACUGCUUUGGAUCAGGGCCAGGAGAUGGCAGCGGCCAGAGCCAAGAUCAACUGGACCAAGCUUCUUCCGGUGGCCUUUCAGAAGAACUAUAAACCAGUGGUUCCGCUUCACGGUGACCCAAAGCUGGUGGAGAAGCUGCCAGGCCUGCUGGAUGUGAGAGCAGCACCUUUACUAGCUGAAACAGAAAUGCUGAAGGCCGUGCCGCCCGCCUACAUCAUGACAUGUGAGCAUGAUGUGCUGAGAGACGACGGACUUAUGUACGCCACACGACUGGAAGAGGCCGGAGUCCACGUCACCGUUGAUCACUAUGAAGAUGGUUUCCAUGGAUGCCUUAGUUUUGCUUUCGGGCCCUUUCGAUUUUCUGUUGGAACACGAAGCCUUGGGAACUACAUCCGUUGGCUGAAGGAGAACCUCUGAAGACACGAUAUAUCUAACCAAGUUGUGAUCCAAAUUUGAAGUUGAUAUCACAAAAAAUGAAGAUUUUGUUUAGACGCUGUACCAAAAAUAUCCACUGGGUGUCACCACUGGGUGUUUUUAUGCAUUCUCCGGUAACAAAUUAAUAGAUUUUUGCCAAGAUUUCACAUCCAUCACAAAACAGUCACCAAAUAUGGAACCUUGAGACUCAGACCUUUCCAACGAUAUGUGUUUUGUCAAGAUUAGAAAAGGUUUUGAUUAUAAUGUAGUUAAAACGAUUUUUGUAUUAUGAAACCUGACACCGCCCACUAGGGGAGGAGCCCGCUAAAAGAAUUAGAGCACCGUUUCCGUGGUAACGUAACGUCCAAUUUCAAAACAGUUUCCACAGGAUGAACUUAUAGUUUGUAAGCUUUCGAAUGAUACGUAAUUUAUAAUGAUUACCAAAAUAUGUGAUAUGAACAAAGGCGUUAAAUAAAAAGAGCGGGACGUGACAAAUGUAAGUGGACUAUAAUGGCC